GUCGUUUUUAAAAAAAAUGGAAAAAAGAAGAAAAAGAAAACAAUGAGACGCAUGAAAAUUAAUUUCGAAUUAUGGCUUUCAAUAAUUUAUUCAGCGUUGCAGCGCAACCGUCUUUAGCAAGGAUACCUAUGUUGAGAAUUGAUCAGUCUCCAGUGGAAAUGUGUGGCUUAAUUAAGCAGAAUCAGGGUUUGAUUGUUAAAGGCUUUGUUCAUAGUCGGCCUUCGAAGCUGUUCUGUAGUGCUGCUAGUUUGGAGGAGGAAUUUUGUGCAAUUCAAUCCAAUAAUUUCCCCAAUGGUGAGGAAUCCGAUGUCCAGCCUUUGCCGGAGGAGACGGUUCCUAGUAGCGAUGAGUUGAAGGCAUUACUUGCUGAUUCUCAAAGAGCAACACUAGUCAAGAAACUGAGCGAAGCAAAUCAACACAAUCGGUUUCUGAAACGCCAGUUACAAGUUAAGGAAGAUGAACUACUUGACUUCAAGGCUGAACUUGCAGUCAUGGAGUUUGAGGUUCAGGCUCUGCUUGGUUUGGCUGAAGAAAUCGCUAAUUAUGAUAUUCCAGUUGGAUCAAGAAAGAUUAAUGGGAAAUACAUUCAAUCGCACCUCCUCUUGAAACUGGAAGCUGUACAAAAAAGGUUGGCAGAACAGAUCAAGGAUGUGGAUGCUGCGCAGCCUCAAGAGGUUCAUUUAAUUUGGCAUGGUGUGGCAGAGAGCGUGCAAGUGAUGGGAUCCUUCGAUGGCUGGAGUCAAGGGGAACAUUUGUCACCAGAGUAUACAGGUUCAUAUACAAAAUUCUCAGCCACAUUGAUGCUAAGACCUGGAAGAUAUGAAAUCAAGUUCCUGGUGGAUGGUGAAUGGAAACUGUCGGCUGAUUUCCCCACUGCUGGUGAGGGGAUGAUGCAGAACAAUUUGCUGGUUGUCGAAUAACUGCGGUGUGUGCUGGAUCUCCAUUUAGGUGUUUCUUAGUAUCCCAUGAAGUGAAUUCUGUAGUGAAAUUCUAUUUUUGUGUUGAAUAGAGACGUUAAGACGCUCUCGUUUAUGCUGAUAUUUGAGGCUAAGUUUUGCUGAUAUAUGAAGUUUAUUCUCUCUUGAAAGAGGAGGGUUUACAAGAAAAUUGGAUUAUGUAAUUUUGUCAUGUUAGCUUUAAUAUACCUUAUUGAAAAUUAACACUCUUUUUUGUUUUUA